AAGGUUUGCUACGAGAUCAGCGCCGCUGCCCUCGCACCGAGCUGCGCCCUGCCCGUCGCCAUGCCGGCUUACCAUUCAACUUUAAUGGACUCAGAUACCAAGCUAGUGGGUAACAUGGCACUGUUACCCAUCAGAAGCCAGUUCAAAGGCCCAGCACCUCGAGAAACUAAAGAUACAGAUAUUAUAGAUGAAGCCAUCUACUACUUCAAAGCUAAUGUUUUCUUCAAAAAUUAUGAAAUUAAGAAUGAGGCUGACAGAACACUGAUCUACAUAACUCUCUACAUUUCUGAGUGCUUGAAAAAACUGCAAAAGUGUAACUCCAAAGGCCAAGGAGAGAAAGAGAUGUACACACUAGGAAUCACUAAUUUCCCAAUCCCUGGGGAGCCUGGUUUUCCCCUUAAUGCCAUUUAUGCCAAACCUACCAACAAGCAGGAGGAAGAGGUGAUGAGAGCAUACUUGCAGCAGCUCAGGCAAGAAACUGGUCUUCGACUUUGUGAAAAAGUAUUUGAUCCUCAGAGUGACAAGCCUAGUAAGUGGUGGAUCUGCUUUGUGAAGAGACAGUUCAUGAACAAGAGCCUGUCUGGACCUGGGCAGUGAACAGGCAGAGCAGCAAUAUGAAGCAUUUCCACAGCAAGGUGUACGAAAUAUUUUGCCUUUCUUUUGGAUAUAUUUUGUACCAAGAAAAAAAACGUGUUUAUGAAGAAAAAAAGUCAAUGAGGGGAACAGGGAUGUAAAGUAAAAAGA